AUGAGAACGCGCGAAGGGCACCAGGGCCCUAUAAGGCAGGUGCGAGACGAUCCUCCGCCUCCUGUGGCCUGGGGCGCACAGAAGGGAGGACAAGGCGCAGGGGACGGUCCCGAGACCGCAGACGGCCGCUGCAUCCCCCGGCCCCCGCUCCCGGGAAGUGGGCUUCGGGGGGCUCCGGAUUGCCGAGCGAGUGUGCGGUGCGCGCGCCGGAGGUGGCGUCCGGCCGGCACGGGAGGAGGCGGAGAGCGCCCGCCCGGGGCCGCGCGGCCAGUCCCCACCUCCGUUCGGCCUCAGCUGCGGCUGCUCCCGUUAGAUGGCGCUCGAGGCUUUCCGACCGCUAGCGAAGGUGCGCGGGGCCGGGCACACAAAGCCCCGUGGGCCGGGGGCGAACGCAGCCUGCCGGCGAGGGCGCGCGAGGCCGGGCCCCCGCGGCCGCACGCAGGGCCCUGGGCGCGGGAGGGGCGCUCCCGCAGGGACCUCGGCGCGCCGGCCUCAGCGUCCACCUCUUCGACCCUCCGCCCACUCGGGCUCGGCCCCGGGGUCCGGCUGCAUUCCCGGGAGAGAAGCCGCGAGGCUGGCGGGGGCUGCGGGGCGCGGGGCGCGCGAGUGGGACCUGAGGCCCAGACACUAGCCCCGAGAUCGCCCCAGCCCGCUGCUCCUGGACAGGCCGGCCGGCUCUCCGUGAGUCCGGCCUCUGCUUCGCGGGGCAGCAAGCAGGCAGGUGCGGGGUUGGUUGUUGUUGGAACCGUCCGCUGAAAUUGUGGUUCGAGAAGAGGUUUAAUAACGUCCGCUGAAAUUGUGGUUCGAGAAGAGGUUUAAUAAACUUCGUGCGUGCGCAUCUUCAACAGCGCCGGGCAAACUUUCUUACUGCCCCCGGUGCCGGUGGAUCCCGGGGAGGAAGCUCCAACAGCCUCCUUAAAAAAAAAGAAAGAAAGAAAGAAAGAAAGCCCUGGGGACUGGCGCGUGAGAUGUUUCGGUCAAUGUCUAAGUAACUGUAGGGGGGAUUACGGAGCGAGCUUUCUUUCCGCCAAGUUCAGCUCUCCUUCCACCCCCUCCAAGAAAAGUGACUCGCUCGCACUCUCCCGUCCCCUAGGCCCCUCCUCGUGCCUCCUGAGCGAGCCCAGCCGUGGAGAGGGGUGCAUUUCUCGGAGUCGGAACGCGCAGCACCGAGACCUCCUUUGUGCCUGCCCUUGGCUGUGAACUUUCCCGCGCGGCGGGUUCUCCUUUAAGAAAAUAGCGAUCUCCAUGAAUAUUUAAUACAGCGCGAGGGCCGUCCGGGCGGAGGGGAGCCCCGCGCCCGGGUCCCCACGGCCGCGACGCGGACCGGGGGUCCAGGGGCGCGAGCCCAGCCGGGGCGCGCGGCCCGGCGCGUUCAUUUCCAUAAGAAAGCCGGCGGCGCGGUCGGAGAGAGGAUCUGGCCCCCGGUCGCCCUCCCCUGGGGACCCGGUUUUCUGCUAGAAGCGGGCUCGGGAGCUCAGAGUCCCAAGUGUGCGCUUUGGUCUUUGAUGCUAUCGACAAAGUGUGGUUUCAGAUGUUGCCCCGGGUGAGGCCGGUUUCCUGUCUGUGUGUGGAGUGGAUGGAAGGACAGCGCCGGUGUGCAGUGUUCCAGUCAACUAAAUGGACUUGCCUUCAGCCAGGAGGGAGCCAGUUCUGCAGGACAGAACUAAUAUUGGGUCUCCCAGGAAGCUCUUCAUCAAAACAGCCCUUGUCCUUUUGUUUUUGUUUCUGAAUUAAAAAGAUGCCUUUGCCUUCC